GUGUUUUAUCUUGCUCAGAAGAAGGGAAAAGGUUCUUGUCGUGUGACUGAGCUGAUUACAAACACCUCUUAUCAUUUUGCUUAGUUUUAUUUUACCACGAUUCAGCAGGAGAGAUCAUGACAGGUUCUUCAUUUGGACUACACUGUUUUGAAAUUUGUGGAAUGAGUCGGCGGAGAAUCUCUUGUAAGGAUUUGGGACUGGCUGAUUGUCAGGGAUGGCUGUACAAAAAAAGGGAAAAAAUAAGCUUUAUUGGCAGCAAAUGGAAAAAGUUCUGGUGUGUCCUGAAAGCUUCAUCAUUAUAUUGGUACAGCAAUCAGUUGGCAGAGAAAGCUGAUGGAUUCCUCAGCCUUCCAAACUUCACUAUAGAGAAAGCAACGGAAUGCAAGAAAAAACAAAGUGCCAUGAAGAUCAUCCACCCACACAUCAAGACACUUUAUUUUGCUGCUGAAAAUGCAGAGGAGAUGAAGAUGUGGCUAAACAAACUAGGGCUGGCUGUUGUUGAUGGAGAAGCCAGUAAAAGGAAUGAAGAAGAGUGCUAUAGUGAGAGCGAACAUGAAGAUCUAGAAAUAAAUGUGGAAACACCACCCCCUCCUUAUUCAGACCAGCUGCUGCCAUGCCACUUGGAUCAGCAAGAGCCUUCCUUGACGUCGCAUGUAUCAAGUGAAGUAUCAUGUUCUUUGUCCUCACCAGAAAGCACAAUGAUGAAAACCCAGGGAUCUUCUUCUUCCUCAUUGUCCAAAGUACUGCAUCCAGAAAGACAAUCAUGGCUUGACUUUGUUAAUGCCUCUUCCACUGGGGAAGAACUGGCCAUUGCACCUUCAGCUGCCUCUGGUGACUCUGAAGAUGUGGAUCACCAGGGGAUAGACAGUAAUGGGACAAAGGAGGAUGGUGCAGCCAAACCUGAGGGUAGCUUUCGGAUCUCUUGGAAUGAAAAUACAGCUUCAUUAGCUAACAGUAAGGACAGCCUGUCUGUCCCUGGGAAAAUGGCUUCAAAGAUUCCACCAAAAGAAUGUGCAAAAUGCACAGAAGAUGAAAUGGAGAAACUUUACAAAUCCUUAGAACAAGCAAGUCUCUCUCCUAUGGGGGACCGACGGCCUUCUACUAAAAAGGAGCUGAGAAAAUCUUUUAUCAAAAGGAGCAAAAAUCCCUCAGUUAAUGAGAAACUUCACAAAAUCCGAGCUCUGAAUAGUACACUAAAGUGCAAAGAACGUGACCUAGCCAUGAUCAACCAGCUGCUGGCGGAUCCUGAGCUAACAGCAAGGAAGUACAGAGAGUGGAAGAAUACAAACACCAUGUUGGUUCAAGAUAUCUAUCCUCAGCAAGAGGAUCUCAGUACAUCUGAAGAAAACACCACAGAAUCAGGGGUGAUGGUGCGACCAUCUUUUAUUGAAAGUACUAUCUGAAAACAGUGGACUAGGGGGUACUUCUGCCGCUGUUUCUCCGCAAAUAGUUUAAGCUGCUACUGUUCUUGGUUUUGUAUUUCCUAGGAGCUCAUGACUUCCCACAAUGGAAAACUCAAUCCAUUUUCCAAAGCAUUAUUUCCUCCCCUUAUGUGCUAUUUAGAUGGAAAACUGCUGCCCAGGACAGUCACAUCAUGAUGCCCCUCUGGCUGAAAUUCUGAAAAGAACAUUUACCUGAUGGAAAGGAAAUUAGAAUUCAU